UGCAAAGCCAUGUCAUAAACUAGAGAAGAUGGAUAUUAAAAAAAAAUACUUUGUCUCUUUCUUUUUCCGGUUGCCAACUUACAGGCAAGAUGCGUUCCGUCACAUUGAAGGAUGUUGAACAAGACAAGGUUGUCAAGACUGUCGCAGCUCACUUGAAGAAGAUUGGCAAGGUUAAGGUACCAGAGCACAUGGACCUUGUGAAGACUGGCAGAUUCAAGGAAUUGGCUCCCUAUGAUCCCGACUGGUUCUAUGUGCGCUGUGCUGCUGUCCUCCGUCACAUCUACAUUCGGUCCCCCGUGGGUGUCAAAACUGUCACUAAAAUAUUUGGUGGCCGCAAACGCAAUGGAGUCACACCAUCACAUUUCUGCAGAUCAUCUGGCAGUGUAGCCCGCAAAGCCCUCCAGGCGCUCGAGGCUUUGAAGCUGGUAGAGAAAAUCCCUGAUGGCGGUCGCAUCCUCACUGUACAAGGCAGACGUGACCUCGACAGAAUCGCCGCACAGGUCCGCCUAAAGGCGAAACAGGCCGCCAAACAGAGUGUUAUUGUUCUUUUUAUUCGAAUUACAGUCGAAGUUGGAUGUUAUUGGAUUUGCAGUGAUGACAAAAUGAUAGCGGUAUUAGGAUUUAAAAUUAGUGUUAUUGUAACAGUAAGUUUAAUAUCGUGCGUGUACAGUGAAAUACAGUAUGGUUCGCCGGAAGGUACACUUUACGUGGCAGAUGCGCAGAAUUCUCAGAAAAUAACUGUAAUAAAUAGAUAUACAGACGAGAAAGAUGUAUCUUUGGCAAGAACAAAACGCGAUGCCACGGUACCGCCGCCGCCGCUGGAGAAAACAGUAGAACGAAGCAUUAGUACAUGGACUACCCACCUUAAUGACAGCCACCAGCAGUUGAUGGUGCACUGGGUGGGAGAGGGCUCCAAUGUCAUUAUUUGCUUGGCACGAGACUCCAGUACCAGGAACAAAGGGAUCACUUCAUCGUCAGCUCUGUACAUCUCCUAUGACUAUGGAAAAAAUUUCACAAACAAGACUGAGAGCUUCAGGCUGGGAGACGAUGCCAACAGUGGAUAUGCCCAGUUGGAUAAGUUCUUCAACCAUGCUAAAUAUCCGGAGUUUUGCGUGUUUGUGGACUCUACGAAUAAGAAGCUUUAUUACACGCAAGAUAAUGGUGUGACCAUAACCAGGUCGGACCUCAGUUUCCACCCCAGCGAGCUCGCUUUCGACGAAGAAGUGCCUAACCGAUAUGUUAUAUUGGACAAAGUCGACUCUACGAGAAAUCUGUACAUGACUCUAGAUGGGGGAAAAACCUUCAAGUUGAUACAGAGUUAUGUGAAAACUUUCCUAUGGUCUUCGGCGCCGGGUUACGCGAAGAUGUUCUACGUGGAAAGGUGGAAGCCUGGAGGCAACAGUACGGUGCUCAGUGUCAAUGACCCCGCCAACAUCAUGGUGAAUGCCCAUGAACUGUUCGCGGAUGCUAAGGACUUCCAGAUCAAAGGAGAUUUCAUGUUCGCCACAAAACAGUCUAAAGAGAAAAACUCUCUGGACCUCUACAUAUCUCACCAGCGCGGCCCUUUCUUCAAAGCCCAAUUCCAGACUGAACUGGACCUCAACAAGUUCCACAUCGCCGAUGUGACGGACAAACGUAUAUUCGUCUCUGUCAUGCACACAGAGAACUUGGCCAAUUUGUACGUGUCGGAAAUAAGCAGGAACUUCACUCAGUACAACUUCGUGUUGAGUUUAGAACAAGUGCUGUGUUAUUUCCCCGAAGGAAAUUGGAAGGACAGUUGGUUAGAAGACGUAACAGAGGACCCAUUCACGGACUUGUACCGAGUUGAAGGACUGAAAGGAAUAUACAUAGCGUCGAAAGUGAACCACAAGUCCCAAGUGUCCAACAUAGAACCGGAACACUUGGUGUCACUUAUUACUUUCGACCACGGCGUCACUUGGUCACCGAUCAACCCGCCGGUAGAGGAUGAAAAUGGAAAACCACUUAACUGCCACAUAGAGAAUUCUUGCAGUCUACACUUGUGCCAGAAAUUCAGUCAGCUGUAUCCAGUUACAAGUAAACCUGGAAAUGUCACAGACAGUGUGUCGAGAUCGGCUAGUAUAAUGAGUUCUAAAUCCGCUCCAGGAAUUAUAAUGGCUACCGGGGUUUUGGGUAAAUCAUUAAAAGGAAUCCCUGGGGUGUAUAUAAGUAGAGAUGCCGGUCUAACUUGGAGGCGUAUACUAAAGGAUUACUACUUCUUCAACUAUGGCGAUCACGGUGGAGUAUUGGUAGCUGUGAAAUACUUCAAAUCUAGGGGAGAAACUAGAAGGAUAUUGUAUUCAACUAACGAAGGAAUUGAAUGGAACUCUUAUCAGUUCAAUGCUGAUGACCUACGUAUAUACGGGUUAAUGACUGAACCAGGCGAGAACACAACGACAUUCACUAUGUUCGGCUCAGCCAACGAACAACAUCAAUGGAUCAUCAUAACAAUCGAUCUAUUGAACACUUUCCCUCGCAACUGUACACAGGACGAUUACAAAUUCUGGUCUCCCACUCCUCCCAACUCGGCCGUAUCCUGUGUGCUGGGCACUCGGGACACGUUCCAAAGGCGACUGGCUCAUACCAAUUGUCACAAUGGCGUAGGAUACGAAAGACCGGUCAAAAAAGAACUUUGCGAAUGCAGCCGGCGUGAUUACGAAUGCGAUUUCGGCUUUGUAUUGUCCCAUAAAGUGUGUAUACGCAACCAAAGCCUCAAAUACCUCAUCCCCACUUACGAUCCCUACGCAACUCCCUCGGACUGCAAGCCCGGACAUUUUUACCAAAGAACCAAAGGUUACAGAAAGAUCGACGGAGACGUUUGCACCACCUCAUUUUAUAUGCCCUACGAACCAGAUCUAGUGCCUUGUCCUUUAGAAGAGCCGACUGAAUUUAUCCUAGUCGCCCUAAGAGACAGAAUCGCGCGUAUCAAUUUGUCCGAUAACACUACCGUGAUACCGGUCAAGGGCCAGCAGAAUAUUGUAGCCAUAGAGUUUGAUAUGAAAAAUAACUGCAUUUAUUGGGCUGAUAUUGAAGUAGACAAAAUCAUACGUCAGUGUUUCGAUAGCGGAAAUGUUCAAGAAACCGUUGUCGAUACUGAGUUAGCUAGUAUAGAAGGAAUGGCUCUAGAUUGGAUUUCAAAUGUACUUUUCUUCGUUGACGGCUUGAGAAAGAAAAUAGAAGCUGUACGGACCGAUCUUUCUAGUCGAGGUAGAAUGCGAGCUACGAUUUUGGAUUCUAAAGUCCUUUCGAAACCACGUGGGAUCGCUGUACAUCCCAGAGCUGGAUAUCUGUUUUGGACCGACUGGGAUCGAAACAGUCCAUCAGUUUCGAGAUCCAACCUCGAUGGAAAAGAAGUCAAAAAGCUAUUUACAAACCCGAUCGUCAAGUGGCCUAAUGGUAUAACGAUUGACCAAAUGGCAGAUAGGAUUUAUUGGGUAGACGCGAUGGAAGAUUACAUAGCUAGCGCCGAUCUGAACGGCCAAUACUUUAGAAGGAUUCUUUGGAACGACGAAAAGGUUACGCAUCCAUUCGCAGUGGCCGUGCUAAAGAACAAAAUGUAUUGGGACGAUUGGAAGGCGAAGUCCAUUUUUACGGCAGACAAGGAUACAGGCGCGAACAUAGUGACUAUAAAUGACUCUUUGUCUGGACUGAUGGACUUAAAGGUGUUCGCUUAUUUCAUGCAACACGGCAGCAACGCUUGCUCGUACAAGAACACGAGCUGUGACACCCUCUGUCUCGGCACUCCGGGCAAUAAGUUCAGUUGUCUGUGUCCGGAUGGGUUCAAGAACGUUAAUGGGAAGUGCAUGUGUCCGAACGGGUUAGAGUCCGCACCGAACAUGACCUGUGCUAAACAAGAUGGAUCCUGUAGUCCAGACGAGUUUACGUGCAAGAACGGCGUGUGUAUAACGAGCACGUGGCGCUGUGACGGCAACGACGACUGCGGCGACAACUCGGACGAGGCGAGCUGCACGUGCGCGCCGCACAUGAUCGCGUGCGACGACUCGCACUGCUACCUGCCGCACUGGCGCUGCGACGGCGACACCGACUGCCUCGACAUGAGCGACGAGAAAGAUUGUGCAAAGCCAAAUUGUACAGAGAAUCAAUUCACUUGUGCCAAUGGGAACUGCAUAGAAAAGAGAUGGAUGUGCGACGGAGAUAACGACUGCAAGGAUGGAUCUGAUGAACUCAACUGCACGCAAACUCCACUAAAGCGGCCGGACGAGGCGAGCUGUGCGUCUGACAACGUGUUCGUUUGCGGGAACAAGACCAACGGCUUCUGCAUACCCAACUUGUGGGUGUGCGACGGAGAGAGAGAUUGCCCCAGCGGCGAGGACGAGCGAGAGGAGAGAUGCAAGAACUCCACGUGUGCGCCUUACAUGUACCGGUGCCCCAGCGGAAAGUGCAUCUAUAGGUCUUGGGUGUGUGAUGGUGAAAACGAUUGUGGCGACGCGGAGGGCUCGGACGAGAAGGACUGUCAGCCCAGAACACACAACAAGCUGCUGCCUCGCUUCGACAAGCCGGACUUCCCCAACAACGGCACAUGUGCCGACUGGAUGUUCAAAUGCGACAACGGCAACUGCCUGCCGUACUGGUGGCGGUGCGACGGCAUCAACGACUGCGAGGACAACUCUGACGAGGUCGCCUGCGGGCUGGUGUACCAGGACAAAACCGUCAGCCCCGAACACGACGCGACCGUGAAGUGCGGCAAAAACCAGUUUACGUGCUCCCCUGGUAUCUGCAUCCCUCUGUCAUGGGUAUGCGAUUCGGCGAACGAUUGCUCGGACGGCGCGGACGAGCGCAGCUGCACGCGCACGCCGACGGGCGUGCCGCGCUGCGACGCCGACAGCACGCCGUGCGCCGACGGGCUCGCCUGCAUCCGCGACAGCCAGCUGUGCGACGGAGUCAUAGACUGCGCUGACCACAGCGACGAGCAGCAUUGCGCCAACAAACACAAAACGGAAGUGGAGUGUCCAGCGCGCUACUUCCAAUGCGAUGAUGGCACGCGCUGCCUGUGGCAAGUGAUGGUUUGCAACGGUCACCAGGACUGUUACGACGGCAGCGACGAGGCCAACUGCUCCUCUGACGCGAGCGAAGAACACUUUUACCAGUUCCUGGGUAUCGGUGUCGAUCAAUCGUCCAUAAACUCGACCAGCUUCCUCAUCUCGUGUUGGAUGGCGCAGCAAAAGAUGGUCCUGUACUCGUUCCUGCCUUCCAUAUCCAAGGUCAGCGACGGCGUUUGGAAGAAUAUGACGUGGACCACUGACAGUGUAUAUAAAUUUACAAAUUUGGAGCCGUUCACAAAUUAUAAUGUAACAGUGUACAUACAAGACAGCAAAUCUAAUAAGACUUACGCAUCAAUGAAGUACGUCAACACAACCACAGGAGAAGGAAUGCCGUCCCCACCUCAGCGUUUGGCGGUGCGGCAAAUGGUCGGCAGCCGAGUGAACGUAGUGUGGGACCCGCCGAGCGAGCCGCGCGGCUUCAUACAGUACUACACCGUGCACUACGCGCCGCCGCUGCCGCCCAUAGAGAAGAUACUACCCGCCACAGACAACAACUCCUCUGUGUCCUCUGUUAUACUUGGAUACUUCAAGCCUGGCAAGAGUUACUCCUUCUGGGUAACCGCCACGAACAACGCGUUUACGUCCGAGUCGACCGCCAUCAUGAACAUAACAUUCGACGAGGGCGGCGACGUAGACGACAUAGUGAACGCGAGCAUGUCCCGCCUGUCCCCCACCUCGGUGUCGCUCAAGUGGCACAAGCUGAGGGGGGUCGAGGGCUACCUCGUGGAGACCAGGCUGCCGCGCCAGUACCCGCAGCCUCCCAUCAUCAAUACCACGGAUAAUAAAGUUAUUGUGAGAAAUCUUCCCAAAAAUUCUCAAAUAUACAUUGAUAUCAAGGCAUACAAGAACGGUAUAAUGGGUCAACCGUUCACGAUACCAGUCGCUACGGAAGGCACCCCGGAAGAGCCCAUCAAUCUGAACGUUGAACAUGUUAAAGACAAUCGAUCCGCAGUGAAGUUGUCCUGGAACAAGCCUUCUGGUGACCAGAAUAAAGACAAGGAAGUGGAAUACGAAGUGCACUAUUUACUGUUCAAGGAUUUGAGACGGCAUUCUGGACAUAUGGAGAACGAUACGGAGAUAAUUACGAAGAACACGAGUGUAGUGAUCGGCGGCCUGCUGCCGUGCGAGACGUAUGUAUUCUCUGUGGGCAUGGUCGGAGGUCAGCUGUCAGUUUUGAAGGAGUUCGUCACAGGAAAGGAUCCCAGAGCGCCUAUAAGGGAUUUGCAUCUUGUUUUUGACAAAAAGAAGUCUGAGCUUCAGAUAUUGUGGAGUGCAAGCUGUGACGUGGUUACAGAGCGUAUUGCGUACAGACUGGACAUAACCGAGUUGACGCACAAUUUGAUCAGUCGCUACGAACUGUCGCCGACCAACAACGUCGCCCUGUCGCACGUCAUCGAGAACGUGCCGGUGGGCGGGCGGUACAAUGUUUGCAUACACACAGCAGUGCCAGAUUCAGAAGAGAAAUGCGCCGUCGUCCGCAGCGGCGAGGUGGAGGCUCCCCACGCAGUGGUCGCGUUUUUGGCUCCCAACGGAUAUCUGACGGUCAUGUGGCAACACCCCGAAGACAACCACACCGAGCCCAAGCAAAAAUACCAAAUAAUAAUCUCAGAUAAGGAGAUAGCAGAGGACUUGCUGCAUCCGAGCGAGGACAUGAAGACGGUGGAGGCGGACUUCUCGCCUGUGCUGAUGACGGCGAACAGUGUCCCCAACGGGCCGCUAUUUGUCAGCGUGCGGGCCGUGUCCAAGGACGGCUACUAUAGUGAUUUGAGCGAAGUGCGCACUUUGACUAUGGAGGGCGCGGAAGCUAUGGAGUCGGAGCGCACGGCGUCCGGCAUGGGCGCGGUGUGGUGGGGCGCGGGCGCGGCGUGCGUGGCGGCCGUGGCGCUGGGCGGCGCGCUGCUGCACAUGGCGCUGCGGCACCGGCGCCUGGCGCGCUCGCUGCUGCGCCUCGCCGCCACGCCGCGCUACGACAGCCGCCGCGGGCAGGCCACCAUCGACCACGACGAUGACGACGUCCCCCCGAUCACCGGGUUCUCGGACGACGAGCCUCUAGUGAUAGCGUGAGCUGCAUUGUGAUACAGCGCCGUCGUAGCUGGGAUGUUCGAAAAGCUUUAACUAAACAAUAAAAAUGGCGGUUUGUUUAUUUUCCUUUUGACAAUCGUAGUCUAAGAUCCGGCAUUAGAAAAUAUACCCCCAUCUGUUAAUCAUUAGUGCUUUGUAAUAAAUGAUAGAUAACGUUCACAGUGACACAUUGCAAAUAGGUUGCCGAGUUAAAUUGCGGCCGAAUACAUUUUUCAUACGAAAUCUAGGAGACCAUGAAUUAUAUCAAAGUGAACUUAAUGCAGUAAAAUUAAGCUUAAAAUAAGCUUUCAUUUGACAAAUUGGACUACUAAAUAAUGAGGAUAUUUAUAUAACACUAGCGGACGCCAGCGACGGUCCGCCUUAGACCUCCUUAAUCCGGCCCUGUUGCAAAAUCCGUUCUUAGCGGACGUCUACUAUCUAUAAACUACCUCCCUGCCAAAUUUCAUCUUUGUACGUAAAGCAGUUUUCGGGAUUUCGUAAUGAAUGACCUUUCGCAUUUAUAUAUUAAGAUAACUGAACUGUUUAUAUCUGGCAACUCCACAGUUGCAAUAUGAAAGCAGGCGACCUUUAAGUUUUCAGUUUUCUUGGGUAUUUCCUUUUAAUCAUUUAAUUAAUUAAGCAAAGAAAGAAGUAGAUUGAAUAAUUUUAAUAAAAAUUUACUCAUUUAUUCUCAUUUAGUCACCAGGCACAAUUUUACUAGGCAAACUAUUUGCAAUGUGUCAAUGUGAAUAUUUUCUAUAAUUUAUUUCUUAUCCCAAUUAAGUAACAGAUGAGUGUAUAUAUUUGUUAUGCCGGAUCUCGUACUAAAUAAAAUGGCGGUUUGUUUAUUUUUUUUUUGACAAUCAUUUAUUACUAAAUUGACUGUAGUAAGGUCACCUUUUCAUACUAGCUUUGUCUUGCCUAAUUAUAUUUGUUAAUCAUAAAUUAACAUGUGAUAAUUUAUCUUAUGUUUUUUUUUUAAUUUUGUCUUUUCAUUAGAAUGUAACUACGUUUUUUGUAAUUUAUUUUGAUUUUGAAUUCAUAUGAAAAGUUUGAUUUUGGGGUCGUAUUGCAUUUUGUGACUAUUUGGAAUAUCUUAGCUACGGCAUUGGUCUCAUAGUAAUUCAUAUUUAUUAAUUAUAUAUCUGUAUUAUGUGUUAUGUACAAGGUAAUAUUUUUUAUGCAUUUGCCAGUGAACGUUUAAAUAAAAAUUAUAGUGAUUGUCUAUGUCUUUAGUAAUUAUAAAUAUAAUAUUUAUCUAUGGUGACAGUGAAAAAAAAAUUGUUGUGUUAGGUUGUAUUAUGUGAAUUCAUUAAGUCCUGUUGCCUGUAUAUACAAUUUAUAAAAUAUUCAUCGUAGUACAUAAUUAUAAUGUUUGAUACAAUGUUAUAAAAAAACACCAUUCAAUAAUAUUUAAAUACGCUCGGAGUAUUAUUUUGUUAGGUACACUUUUUUACUUUAGCUUUAAAAUUGUAUUUAAAAUGUAAAAUCGUUUGUAUUGUAUUUUUAAAACAAUCGAAAAACAUGAAAUUUAAUAUUUUUUUCUUUGUCAUUAACUGUUAAAAAAUUUCGAUAUUACUAAAAAAAGACUAUAAAUUGACUGUUAAGAUAGACUUGAGGGGAAACGUUCAGAAUUAUGUUUUUUUUUGUUUUGUAAUUUAGAAGGAUCUACGCGUUUGCCUCGAUACAAGUUCGACACCAAAGAUCAAUGUAAAUCUAAGAUGUACAAGUUAUAAAUAAAGCUGGGUUUAGACAGAGCGAUUUAUAGUUUAAUGGUUUUAUAUAUGUUUAAUGGUUUUUGGAUUUCGAAGAUCAAAGGCCUUUAUGACCAUCCGUGAAUUUGAAUGAGACUCUAAAUUGAUAGAGUAUAAUAUAUACAUUAUUAAAAAUAUAUAAUAGUGCAUUUUAAUUUUGAAGGUACCAGGGAAAAAGAUAUAAUAGAUUUUAACGGUUCCUGCAUAAAGUAGCUAUUUUACCUACUUCUUUUUAAGACGGAUUUUUGACAUGUAAAAUCUCAAACCUGGGCGUUUCAACACAAAAUGAGUUAUUAUAUUUUUUGAUCAUCUCAACAACAUUUUCGAAAUAAAUUAAAAUGGCGGCUGCUCAAUGCUCAUAGGUCCACCGCCCAUACAAAAAUCUUCGAAGUGCUAUAGUAAAGAACUGAAAGAAAGAAAGAAAAUAUAUUUAUUACUACAUUAUGCCACACAUCACAAUUAUUAAAGAAUAAUACCCUGCGAUAUGUGGCAUAACCUAGAAAAAGGUCCUAGCUCAGCAUAUUGCUAUAUGCUCCCCAUAAACGAAGAAGAUACGCUGAUUUUCAGCUAGGAACUGUUUGUUUAGAUUUAAUUUGUAGUUAUUUGAACUGUUGUAUGAAUUUGUUCGGUCUAUCUAAACUCGGCAGUAAAGUUGUCAGUGGCAACGUGUUGAACAUACAGAGUAGGUGGAUCUCGACAUUCCCAUUAUUUUGUGAGAAUAUUUCGUUUUAGUUCCUAUAGUUGUGUUAUAUCGCGUCAUCUUAUGUCUUCGUGCAUUCUAUGAAAAUUAAUAUUGUCAUGAAGCAAUAAUUUAUAGUUAAUUAGCAUUAAUAAUAUAGUAUAUUCAUGAAUAUUAAAUUUCUUUAGAGUGCUGGUCACGUUUAAACAUCUUUUGGAACGAUGAUAGUAUAUUGAAUAAAUUAUAUAGGAAAAAUUA